AUGGCAAAGAAUGAACCGAACUUACGGUCUGAGGAAGAGAUUGAGUUGGCAAUUAUUGGAGAUUUGCUACCAAAUAGUCUUCCGUUCUCUGAUGACGUCCUAGACGGUAAAUCUGGACCCUUGGAGGUGGGCCGAGCAGAUGCCCUGAAUGCACGCACACAACAAUACCUCGAGAUAGUAGGGGUCCUAGACAAACUGCUCCCACUUGGAAUCAAGUGCAAUACUAGCUCGAUAUUCUCAGAGGGCGACUUUAAGUCUCGCCAGAGCCACUGGUGGACGUCGCUCGAACAUUGUGCUCAUCCUAACUUUUUGAUGAUCGGCCAGUCUACCGUAGAGCAAGUGCUCAAGGAUGACCUAGACUUACCUGUGUGCUACCAAGAAAAAGUUGUCUCUAUAUCCGAGACUAAAGAUGGAGUCACCCUGAAUACGGACCGUGGACGUAAAGUCCAUAGUAAAUAUGCAAUCGCCGCCGAUGGUGCGCGCUCAACAGUUCGCCAAGCGCUGAAUAUUAGCUUCACCGGAACGAAGCCUGAGAUGAUGUGGGCAGUGCUCGACACGUUUAUUGAUACCGACUUCCCUCUAUGCUCAGAAAUCAUUACUUUCCAACUUAGAGGUCAGUCCCGAGUAUCAUGGAUCCCUCGGGAGCGAGGCAUGGCGAGGUUUUAUGUUCUUCUCGAUGGAGAAAUCACGCAGAAAAGGGCGGAAACCCCGAUUAGGGAACACAUAGCGCCGCAUAGGAUUGACUUUGUCAAGACGGAGUGGUUUUCAACUUUCGAUGUCAAAGAACGCAUCGCUUCUACGUUUGUCUCGAACCAAGGAACAGGUCGUAUCAUCUUGGCAGGGGAUGCGGCCCAUGUUCACUCGGUAAACGGCGGCCAAGGUCUAAACACUAGUAUUGCAGAUGCCUUUAGCCUUGGCUGGCGUCUCGCAGCUGCAGUCAAGAAAACCAACUUGACCUCUGGUGCCGCAGUAAAAUUGAUACGCAGCUAUGAUACUGAGCGCCGUACAGUAGCAUGGGAAGUUAUUGAUGUUGCAGCGGCUUUAGUCCGAGACACAAACCAUACUGCAAAACAGUAUGUUUCCACGAUUGAGAAGAAUGCGGGAUAUAUCACUAGAAUGGGUGUCUCGUAUGAUGGGAUUGGAUCCGAAUUAAUCGAAGACUCUGAACAAAACAUCUGGAAGGCUGGUAAAAGAUGUCCAGAUAUUCAGCUCGUCGGCGUUGGAACCGAUGAGGCGAUACGCCUGUAUUCGAUCACUUCGUACGGAAAGUAUCUUGUCCUCUUCGUAGGAGAGUCCGGGGUUCCUCAGUCGUUCAGAGAUGUUUGCACAAAUCUCAUCCUACGCACCAGUGAUUCGGAACAAGCUCCAGUUAAUAGUCAUAGUGAUGGUUCCCAAGAUGAAGCGCGAAUCUUCUCUUCAGAUGUUGUUACUACCCAGGAUAACUUCACUGUGGUAGUAAGGCCGGAUAUGUAUAUUGGUUAUGUUGGGAAGGGAGAGGGAUGGAAGCAAUACCUAGGGCAGCUGUAUGUUAGUUGA